AUGAAAAGAUCUCAAUCAGCUAGACCACCCAGUAAAAAACGAUAUGACAUCGAUUAUGAAAUCAAAACAGUUACAGGUGAUAAAACAUAUGAAGGAGGAAUAACUUUUAAAAUUCGUGGUGAAUUCGGACUAAUAACAGUUCCAUUGUCGCAAACAAUCAGUGGCGAAAAACCAUUUCAAUCCAAAGCUACCGAUGAAUUUAAAUGUCGGGCAAAUGAUGUGGGCAACAUAAAACGACUUACCAUUGAAUAUAAUGGAAGAAAAACUGAUAAUGUUUGGCAUCUAAAAACGCUUCAAAUUAUUAAAGCAAAUGAAUGCUACAAUUUUCAUGCAAAUGUACGUCUUGAUUAUAGUGAACAAAAAAUUGUUCUACACCCCACUGAUCAAAGAAAAGAAGAUUUCGUGCAAACUGAAUUACGUCGUUUAAAAGAAAAUCUUCAUACUGAAUCGUUAAAAAUGCGUCGACCACCACAUAAAGCUCACGCACCAUUUGUUUACAAUGAUUUAAAACCAUAUUUUGAUACUAGUAAUGUAGAAAAAGCAAUUCACGAACCACUAGAAAAUCAGGCGGGCUAUUAUACACGUGUAACAGCACUGCGUAUUGUGGAGCCGUGGGAAGCAUAUGGUAUGGACUAUGGAGUAAAUUACGAAUUAUUGAAACAACGAAGACUUCCCUGUCAGAGUGCAAAAAGAUCACUACCCACUCAAAAUGGUAUGAUACUUCUUCCACCACCUACACUUCCAUUCGGUGGCCAAAUCACUCACAUUAAUCCUACUAAAGUAGAUCGUUCACGUUCAUCAGUUUCAUCAGCUUCAUCAAAACGUAGAUCUACAGCACGACAUAGUAAUCAACAAAGUCAAACAAGGACAAAAGAGUCGAUCGAUCGAACACAAGGUUCAACUCAUUUGCCAGAAUUUCCUUGUGUUACUAUGGAAAAGCCUGCGGAAUAUCAUCGACCAUUGACCUUAAACGAUGUUUCAAGUAUAAGAUCGUACAUAAGAAGUCAUAGUGCUGUACGAGCUAACUUUCAAAAAGAUAAAGAUUACAAACGAACGCAAGAUGAUUUCUAUCGAAUGCAAUUAGAUAGUGCUGCUGGACAUCAUUCAAGAACUCGAGACAACAUGGUACGUGUCUAUCAUUCGUAUCUUGGAACAACACCUGGCUCACGGAAAGCUGUACGUGAUCUGUGCGAUCAACUACCACUAAACACUACUAAAACAACCGUCGAAUCAACAGUUUAA